AUGAGUGCAGGAGCUCUCCACCAGAUGGCCAGCCUCGGCUCCCUUGCCAAGUUCAUCGGCCCCGCCGUUGUCGGGAGCAUGGGCUACUGGUUCUGGUAUAGGAAGGUCUAUGGCUGGACUCACACCUGCUCUGAGGAGUGGUACACUGCGGAGGAGAGGUACAUGAACGCUGUGAUGGCCAGCUUGGGCCAGGUUGCCUCCUUCAUCAUCCCGGUGGCGGUCGCAUCUGCGGGCGCUUACUACCUGCAGCGCCACACCUGGCCGAUGGGCCGCACCAUCAACAAGGAGUGGUACGAUGCCUCUGAGGCGUACCUCAACAACAUGCCCGUCCACAGCACCGGCAAGACUGUGCGCAUGAACCCCGGCAGCGAAAAGAUCAAGACCAACUCCAUGACCUUCUGA